UGGAAGUCGUUAAUUUUUUUUUACAAAGUGACAUACUACGCAGAUUUUGUAAAUCACGAUUUUCGCCUACGCCGAAAGCUUUGAAGCAACGCGUAUCAUAAGCUGUUCCAAGGACGCAAACCGGUCAUUUAUAGCGAGGUCCUGGUCAUCCAUUCUCAAGACGAGUGAAACGAUCAUUCAUGGAUGCAAAGCGUUCAUCUAUAGCGAGCUCCUGGUCCAUUCUCCUCUCAAUGCGGGUGAACCGAUCGCCUAAGGACGUAAAACGUUCAUUCAUAGCGAGCUCCUGGUCGUUCAUUCUCUUCUCAAGACUAGCGAAUCGAUCGUCCAAUGCGAUGAUUCAUUCUCAGCUCUGCUGGUGUAAUUAUAGGGGUUUCUUCGCUACGCUUUUGGCAGCGGACCAAGGGAUGGCUGGCGUCAUGAUUGCCAUCCCAGUGCAAUAAAUUUUUGGAGUCGCACUGGU